AUGGGCUGCUGUGCCUCUACCCCAUCGCGUGACGAUGAUGACGACCCCCAAAAUAACCAAGACCGAGCCGAAGGUCACACCACACAAACAACCCUCGAUGCCGACUCAACGGCACCACAGACAACACGCCACCGGCGCACCCAGCGAUCUCCCAACCUCCCACUAGAUCAGCACUACAACGAGCCCGUCCGUCCGCACAUAUGGAAAAGCAAGCGGCGGAUAUGGACGCGCACCGAUCUCGACCGCGAACGCCGCGAGUUCUUCGAAACCCGUGUCACGGGCCGCAUGGAGAUCUGGGCUGCGCUCUCAAGCGCAAUAUCUCUCAUCCAGAGCGGUGACCUCGUCACGGCGCAGGGUAUUAUCGAUGCAGCGGGCGUUACCGUUCCGACAGGCGAUCUCUGUGAAGGGUGCUACGAUGAACAAGGAGUGCUGUAUAGGUUACCGCAGUGUAUCGUUAGUGAUCCGGAGAACAUUGCCCGUGGUGAGGCGAAUUCGCCUGCGUCUGGAUCUGUUAGGGAAGAGGACUCGGAUGGGAAGUUGGCGACGGAUGAUGCUUCCGGUGACGAGUUGAUUGCUGCGCAGGAUCUGGAGCGACGGCGCGAUGAGAAGGGAAAGACUAGUGAGCGGGAUUUAAUUCGGGUUCUUGCCCGGUUAAGUGAUCGUGAUGGGCCCGAUUUAAUGAUGCUUGUUGGUAAGAGUCAGAGUGUAGGCUUUCUGGCUAGGAAGGUACAUCAGGAAGCAGGGCUUUCGAAUAACCAACGUGUACGAGUCGCUUAUCUCGGCCAUAUGUUGAGGGAGAAUGAGCCGCUGGUUGGCCAGGGCUGGAAGAGUGGCCAUGUCAUUAAUGCCUUGGUUGUUUCUAGGCCGUCAUGA